ACUCGGGGUUCACUGAUGUCUCCCCCCCCCCAGGGCUAUUUCUUCGACAGGGACGAUGUGGCGCUGGCCCAUUUCUCCGAGUUCUUCCGGCACCUGUCGGGCGAGAAGCGGGAACAGGCCGAGCGGCUGCUGGGCUUCCAGAACCGCCGGGGGGGCCGCAUCCUCCCGCAGGCCAUCCAGAAACCGGAGCAGGACGAGUGGGGGAACGGGGCGGCCGCCAUGGACUUCGCCCUGAAGCUGGAGAAAACCGUCAACCAGGCGCUGCUGGACCUGCACAAGGUGGCCACGAGCCACGCGGACCCCCACAUGUGCGAUUUCCUGGAGACCCACUACCUGGACGAGGAGGUGAAGCUCCUGAAGAAACUGGGCGACCAUGUGACCAACCUGCGGCGCGUGGGGGCGCCCGAGGCGGGGCUGGGCGAGUAUCUCUUCGACCGGCUCACCCUGGGCGACAGCAGCUGAGCCCCGAGCUGCCCGCGGCGCCGGCCCUUUAAAUCCUGCUGCCCUGCCGGGCCGGAGCCCCCCAAUCACGGGGUGACCUGCCCCCUCCAAAGUCUGUAACUGGCAUUGAAUAAAGGCUUGGACUUAGCACUCA